AUGGCUCCCAUCGCUACUGCUACCCAGCCCGAGGCCGUCGCGGCCGACCUCAAGAAGCUCGCCGUCACCGACCUCGGCGCGACCGCCGCCGCCAAGAUCCCGGCCGGCAAGUGGUUCUCCGAGACGGGCCUCCCCGAGUCAGAGUACCCCUACAAGCACCUCCUCCCCACGUGGGACCAGGAGACCAAGUACGUGCCGCUGGGCGACUUUGAGCACGUCGACCCGGGACACAAGGCCAAGGACGACGCAGACCCGCGCUCGUUCCUCAAGGACGCGACCGUCGACAACCUCUCGCCCAAGUUCGGCACCGAGGUUACCGGCGUGCAGCUCUCCGCGCUCGACACGCACGGUCGCGAGCAGCUCGCUCUCUUCGUCGCUGAGCGCGGCGUUGUCGUCUUCCGCGACCAGGACUUUAUCGACCAGGACCCCCGCUGGCAGGUGGACAACUGGGGCUCCUUCUUCGGCCGCAACCACAUCCACCCGACCUCGGGCCAGCCCAAGGGCGCACCCGAGCUGCACCUCGUCUAUCGCGCCCCCGACUCGGACUACAACUUUCCCUACAAGCACAAGCUCAACUCGAAGGGCUGGCACUCGGACGUGUCGUACGAGAAGCAGCCCCCGGGACUCACCGCGCUGUUCCUGUACGACUCGCCCCCCUCGGGCGGCGACACGCUCUACCUCGACCAGCGCGAGGCGUACAACCGCCUCUCGCCCAGCUUUGCGGCGUACCUCGAGACGCUCGAGGUCGUGCACAGCGGCUUUGAGCAGGCGGCGUACGCGCGCUCCGGCGAGCGCGGCCCCGAGCGCACCGUCCGCCGCGAGCCCGUCAAGAACACGCACCCGCUUGUCCGCCGCCACCCCGUGACAGGCGAGAAGGCUUUGUACGUCACGCGCGUGUUCUCGCGCUCGAUCGUCGGCCUCAAGCAGGAGGAGUCGGACGCCAUCCUCAACCUCCUCUACGACCACAUUGAGAACGGCAUCGACUUCCAGGUCCGCGCGCGCUGGAAGCCCCGCACCGUGGUCCUCUGGGACAACCGCACGACGGCGCACACGGCUAUCGCCGACUUUGACAGCACCAAGGCGAAGCGCCACGGCGCGCGCAUCACGCCGCAGGCCGAGCGCCCGUUCCUCUAG